AGUAGCUACACAUAUUGUAAUGGCGAAAAAAAGAGAACUUGACGAGCAGAAAUUAAGGGAGGAAAUUGAAAGGAUAACAAAGAAUGAUAAAAGUGUGUGUAAAUCAGGGGGUAAGACAUACAAAGUGGGGGAGACUUGGAGGGACAAAGGAAAGUGUGAAGUGAGAGCAUGUCACCCCGGAGGUCUAAUCUCCGUCAUGCCGUGCCCAAGGUUUAUAUAUGACAAGAAGAAGCCACGACCAGAUUGUGCUACAGUGCCCGGCGACACGACCCUAGAGUACCCUGACUGUUGUGAAUAUGUCUACUGCAAGCCCAAGAUUGACAAGCCAGGAUAAUACUGC